AUGACUUUGAUUGUUGGUAUUGACAUAGGAUGGUAUACCAUUAAAGCAUGUUACUAUAACCCAUUAACAAAGUCUAUUGAUACCAUUAAUUUUAUAAAUAAAGCAGAAUGCUUAAUGAAUUUCAAAUGGAGACAAGGUUUAGUUUUAACAAAUGAUAAUUUUUCAAUAAAAAAUAUUAUUACUCCAAAAGAAGUGAUGGGAAAAACGUUAGAUCAAAUUCAAGAAAAAGAGAUUUUUGAUGUAAAAGUUGACACAGAGAACAAACAAUUUAAUUUUUUUAUUAAAAAAGAUAGAACGACUUAUCACUUUAUUGGACUAACAGAAGUAAUAGGACAAUGUCUUAAAGAAGUAUAUUGUCUCCUUGAACAGUCUAACAUACCCAUUGAUAGUCAAUCAAUAUUUGUGGUUUCUAUUCCACAUGAAGCAAAUGAAAUAUAUAAAGAACAAAUGACAAAAAUCAUUGAAUACUUCAAAGAAGAAAAAAAAGUUCAAAAUGUUUUUAUAAAAGAUGAAAUGCAAGCAGCAGCGUUAUCUAAUCCUCUUGAUGAAAGUGAUGACAGUGAUAAACUAAUAAUGGUUAUUGACUAUGCUAAACAAAAAGUGAAUGUUUGUCUAAUUCAAGUAACAAAAACUGAAGAAAAAAUUAUAGGGUUUAAAAGAAGUGAAACAAUUAGUGGAAAAAGCAUAGAUGAUAAAAUUAUUAAGAGAGUUAAAGAGAAGGUUAAAAAUGAUUUUCAAUUAAAAGAAUAUAAAGAUAAACUUGAAAAGAAAUCAAUAAUAUGGAAACUUGAAAAUCGUCUAUACCCAUACACUUUUAUUAAAGGUUAUUUAACAAUUCCAUUAACAGGUAUUAUUUGUACAUCUACAGAAGCUAAUAACUUAUUAUCAACUACUUUUGAAAUUUCAGAAGAAGAAUUUGAUGAAAUGAUUAAAGAUGAUAUUAAACAAAUUCAACAAAUGAUACAAGAGUUAUGCCAAUCAUGUAACAUAGAUAAAUCUAAAAUUAAUAACGUUUUAUGUAUUGGAGGAUAUUCUCAUUUAAAAUCAUUUAAAAGUAUGAUAAACCAAUUGUUCGAAAUGUCUCAAUUAGAAUUAAAUAAUUCAUUUGAUAAUAAACAUGCAAUUGCCUAUGGACUUAUUAUGACUCAAUUAAAACACAUGAAAAAAAUAUUAACAAACGUACCGUUUUCUAUUGGAAUUGAAGGAAUAUUUGGCAACAUCAUAUUUUUAGUAGAAAAAGGAGAUGAUUUACCACAUCAAAAAAAAUUAAUAGUAAAUGUAAGAGAAAGGAAAACUAUAAUUCCUUUAUAUUUUGGAGAGUUUGUAGUAGUUAAUGAAUCUAAGAAAGUAAAUGAUUUGAUUUUAGAACUUCCAUCUAAAAUUAAAUUACCUGCAACAAUUCAAUUAUAUUGUUAUUUGUAUAAAGAUGGUCAAUUAAAAAUAGAAUGGAACCAAUCACAAGAAGAAGCUAAAAAAACUAUUUUAGAUAUUAGUCUUCUUAGUAUAAAUGAAGAAAAAUUAUCUAAUGAAGAAGAAACUCUUUGUAUUAAAAGAAAUGAAAUUCGUGUUAAAUUAAAAUUAAAACAAAUAUACGAUGAAAUGAAAAAUACUAUUGAAUGUUCUGAGGUUAAAGAAAAAUAUGACCCACUUCCAAUUUUUGAUUUUAAUGCUAAAAUCAAGGAAAUAGAAAAUGUUCUGAUUAAAAUUUGGGAAAUUUUCUGUAAGGUUUGUGUAAAUAAGGAGAAAAUAAACCACAUAAAAAAUGAAAUGAAAUCUUAUAACAUAAUCAUGAAGAAAGAGGAGUAA